AUGGCUCCUUCUCCAGCAGCAGGCAAGGCCACUGGUGGCGCCCCCAAGACCCCUACCAAGUUGGGCAGAAAGCCCCAAAGCCAAACUAGCCAGCCUCCCAAACUCGGACAGCAGGCAGCUUCAGGCGCAAGAAAAGCAUCCGCCCCCGAGGGUGCUAAGCAGCCAGAAGUUCCUCAGACUUCCGAGAAGCCCGAGGUCGGUGACGUGCAACAAAAAGCCGGCGAGGCCGCGCAAGGUGCACAAGACAAGGCUGGCAAGACUGCCGAAGAUGCUAAGAGCAAGGCUGAGGGCGCUUCUGAAGAGCCCAGCAAGGUCGAGAUGAAGGACGACACCGAAGCCGCAUCCACCCAGGCUGGUGAUGAUGAGGACGAGGAUGAUGACGAAGGCCCUCUGAGCAAGGUUUCCCAGGCUGGAGACAACGCCAAGGGCCAGCUCGAGGAGCAAGCUCCCCAACCAAUUGACGACUCUAACGAUGACAACGAUACCGCCGCUGGUGCACAAGACACCGCUGAUGAUGACGACAAUGACGACACCGAGGACACCGCCGACGACGACAAGACCGUCAAGGCUGGUGACGAAGCAGACGACAACGACGAUGAUGUUCAAGACACUACCGGCAAGGUGGCUGACGACGCCCAAAAGACUGGCAAGCAAUCCGGCGGUAACCUUCUCAAGGGUGCCAAGGGGCUCGCUGGCAAGGCCUCUGGUCUCGCUGGCAAGGCUGCUCAGGACCCCAAGAAGGCAGCUCAGGAUGCCUCCGAAGACGCUCAAGAUACCGCAGGAGAUGUCAAGGACACCGCCGAGAACACUGCUGAGGAUGCUGCCGAGGGCGUUCAAGACACCGCCGAUGACGCCAAGAAGGUUGCAGGUGAUGCCACCGACGAGGCUGGCGAUGCUGCCAAAGACGUCAAGGACACCGCUGAAGACACUGCCGAGGAUGCUCAAGACACCGCUGGUGAUGCCACCGACAAGGCUGGCGAUGUCGCCGACGAGGCCAAGGACACUGCUGAGGACGUCACUGAGGGCGCUCAAGACACCGCCGAGGACGCCACCGAGCAAGUCAAGGGCACUGCAGAAGACGCAACCGACAAGGCCGGCGAGACGACUGAGGACGCCGAAGACACUGCUGAAGACGCCAAAGACUCCGCCGAGGACGCCGCUGAUGAGGACGUUCCCGAAGUCAACGACAUCAGCGACCUCCCUGUCGACCUCUCUGUGCUCAAGGGCCUCGAGGUUGCAGAAGAUGGUAUGGUCAACGAUCAAGACGGCAACCCCAUUGGCAAGCUUGCUGAGGGUGACGCUGAGGACCUCGCUGGCUACCCAAUUGGCGAUGAUGGCGAGAUCCUUGAUGACGAUGGUGAUCUUGUCGGUCGUUGCGAGCUUCUUCCCGAACAGGUCAAGAAGCAGAUGGCCGACCUCAAGAGCAAGGGUCAACUCCCCAAGGGUGCCGAGAACUUCGUUGGUGAACUCCCCGACACCGACGAUGCCGAGAAGCCCAACCUUGCCAUCUUCAAGGGCCUCACCUGCGACCCUACUGGUAACAUCUUCAACGACGACGGUGACACUAUCGGUCAGGUUACCGAUGGCAACCCCGAAGAGCUCAUGAACGCCACUCUGAACGAGUACGGUGAGUUCCUCGACGAUGAUGGCAACGUCAUUGGCCAUGCCGACAUCCACCCUGAUGCACCAGAGGACAUCUACGACCAAGUCCAGCAGGCUGCCGAUGAUGCACAGGAUGCUGCCGACGACGCUCAGGACAACGCCGACGACACCGCCAAGGCCGCUGACAGAGUCGACGACGCUGCCGACAAGGUUGACGACGCCGCUGACGAUGUCAAGGAUGCCGCUCAAGACAUUGAGGACGAACUCCCUGGCAUCGAGGCUCUUCAAGGCAGAGAACUCAACGACGCUGGCGAGGUUGUUGAUGACCAAGGCGAGGUUCUUGGCCAGAUCGACGACGAGUCUCUCAAGGAGAAGCUCGAGUCUGGAGAACUCAAGGCCGAAGAUCUCAAGAUCAAUGAGGAUGGCGAAGUCGUUGACGCUGACGACAACGUCCUCGGCAAGGUCGGUCUCGCAGAAGGCGCUGCCGAGAAGCUCGGUGGCUCUCUUCCUUCUCUCGACCUUCGCAUUCUUGAUGGCAGAAAGGUCAACAAGAAGGGCAAGAUCCUUGACGACGAAGGUGACCAGAUCGGUGAACUCUCUGAGGGCGACCCCAAGGAGUGUGCCGGCAAGAAGGUCAACGACAAGGGUGAGGUUCUCGACCAGAACGGCAAGGUCAUUGGCAAGGUCUCCGUCACUCCUGGCGAGGCUGCUGAGACCGCCACCAAGGACCUCCAGACCGAGCUUGGCGAGAACGCUCCUGACGAGGAGCAGGAUGAGGAUGAGGAACAAGCCGAUGAGGAUGAAGAGCCUCAAGGUCCUCAGUUCAAGAUCCCUGACCUCGAUGUCCUCGAAGGCCUCAAGGUCAACAAGAAGGGCAAGAUCCUCAACGAAGAUGGCGAGGAGAUCGGUGAGCUCACCUCUGGCGACCUCAGCGAAUGCGCCGGCAAGAAGGUCAACGAAAAGGGUGAAGUCCUCGAUGCAGAGGGCAACACCAUUGGCCGCGUCAAGGCCCUACCUCAGGAAAUUCCUCAGGAGGAGAUCGAAGAGGCCGAGGAGGCUGCCGACAAGGCCGAAGACGCUCAAGACGCCGCAGAAGAUGCCGCCGAAGACGCAGAGAACGCUGAAGAAGGCGCCGAGAAUGCCGAAGAGGGUGCCGAGGAUGCUGCCGAGGACGCCGCCGCCAACCUGCCUCCUCUCUCUGUUCUCGAUGGUCUGAAGGUCAACAAGGCCGGAAAGAUCGUCGACUCCAACGGUACCAUCGUCGGCGAGCUCACCGAAGGUGAUGCCAAGAAGCUCUCCAAGUCUGGUGUCAAGUCAGACGACCAAGGUCAGUUCUGGGACGACAAGGGCCAUGUCAUCGGCCGCGCCAAGACCGUCCCUGUCGAGGAUGACGAAGAGUCUGAGUUCGCCGGUCUCGAGGGCUUGAUCGUCGUCAAAGACGGUUGGGUUGAAGACGAGAACGGCAACCGUGUUGGUCAACUCACCGAGGGCGACGCCAAGAAGCUCGUCGGUCGUGCUGUUGACGAAGACGGUGAUAUCCUCGACAAGAAGGGCAACGUCGUCGGUCACGCCGAACGCUACGAGGACCCUGACCAGGAGCCUGAGCCUGAAGAGGAGCCCAUCGACCUUUCUAGCCUCAACGGUAAGGUCCUGAACAAGGCCGGUUUCGUCAUUGGCGAUGAGGGUGUACCUGUCGCUCGCCUGGUUGAAGGCAAGGCCAAGGAACUCGCUGGCAAGAAGCUCGAUGACCAAGGUCAGAUCUGGAACGACCAAGGCAAGGUCAUUGGCCGUGUCGAGUUGAUCCCAGAAGACGAGCGCGAGGCCAAGCCUGACGGUCCCUUCGCUGGUCUUCAGGGUCUCCGCGUUGUUGCUGACGGCAAGGUCGCUGACGAGGACGAGAACAUUGUUGGUGAGAUUGUUGAGGGCAACGCCAAGCGCCUGAUCGGUCUUGCUGUUGACGAGGACGGCGAUGUCAUGGACAGAUAUGGCAACGUCAAGGGCCAUGCUGAACCUCUCGCAGACGAGGAGGAGGAAGGUCCUGUCGACAACUCUAUGCUCGACGGCAAGAAGCUCAACAAGAGCGGCUUUGUUGUUGAUGACAAGGGCAUCCCCAUCGGUAAGCUCAUCGAUGGCAACGUCAAGGAGCUUGCUGGCCGUCAAUGCGACGAGAACGGUGACAUCCACAGCGACACCGGAAAGGUUGUUGGACACUGCGAGGUGCUCCCUGAGAAUGAGCGUGUCUCCAGAGCCGANGGACCUUUCGCCGGUCAUGAAGGUCUUCGUGUUACCAAGGAAGGCUACGUUGCUGACUCCGAGGACAACGUUGUCGGCAAGGUCACUGAAGGUGAUGUGAAGAAGCUUGUCGGCCUCUCCGUUGACGAGGACGGUGACAUCAACGACAAGUACGGCAACGCAAAGGGCCACGCUGAGCCCUACGAGGAAGAAGAAGCUGGCCCUGUCGAUAACUCGAUCCUUGAUGGCAAGAAGCUCAACAAGCAAGGAUUCGUCGUCAACGAAGACGGUAUUCCUCUUGGUAAGCUCGUCGAGGGUAACGUUAAGGAGCUUGCCGGUCGUCGCUGCGACGAAGAAGGCAAGAUCCACGGCGAUACUGGCAAGGUCGUUGGUCGUUGCGAGGUUCUUCCUGAGAACGAACGUGUUGCCAGACCCGAAGGUCCCUUCGCUGGACUGGAAGGCCUCCACGUCAACAAGGAGGGCUACGUCGAGAACGCCGAGGGCGACCGUGUCGGUAUCAUCACCGAAGGCAACGUCAAGCGUCUCGUAGGCCUCACCGUCGAUGAGGAUGGUGACAUCAGCGACAAGUACGGAAACACCAAGGGUCACGCCGAGCCUUGGGAGGAAGAGGAGCAAACCGCCGAAGACCUUUCCGCCCUUGCUGGCUGCACCGUCAACAAAGCUGGCAACGUCGUCGACUCUUCCGGCACCAUUAUUGGCCGUGUCUCCGAGGGCGACCCGUCUACCAUGGUCGGCAAGAAGGUCGAUGGCCAAGGUCAAAUCUGGGACAACGCCGGAAAUGUCAUUGGCAAGGCCGAACUCGCCAAGGGUUCCGACACCAAGUCUGAGGGACCUUUCGCUGGUUUCGACAGCAUUACUGUCAACAAGGAGGGAUACGUUGUCACUUCCGACGGUGGCAUCGUUGGCCGCGUUACCGAAGGCGAUGUGAAGAAGCUUGUCGCUCACAAGGUCGAUGAGGAUGGUGAAAUCCAAGACAAGAACGGCAACCUCAUCGGUAAGGCCGAGAGAUGGGAGCCUGAAGAGAAGGAGAGAAAGAUCAACCCCAUGUCUGGUCGCCGUGUCAACAAGGAGGGUGAAGUCCGUGAUGAGAACGGCGAUGUCAUGGGUAGACUCACCACUGGUGACCUCGGUCACUGCGUUGGCCUUGAGGUUGAUGACAAUGGCUACGUUGUUGACAACGACGGCAACAAGGUCGGCGAAGUCACUCUCAUUGCCAACAUCAUCGAGGACGAGGAGAUUCCUGAGGAGGAACUCACCGAGGAAGAGAAGGAGGAGCGCCGCAAGAAGGAGCAAGACCGCGAGAUUGCUGAGAAGAUGGGCACCAUCUGCACUCAGACCCUCGAGAGAGUCCAACCCAUCUGCAAGCAGAUCACCGACGUAAGUGCUUACCUGUUCCAUGUCUUCACUAGGACCAUUACUGACUUACCUUUUCUCUACAGNCACAUCGAAGCCGCCGACCGUACCCCACGUGAAGAGUUGGACGAGGAAGAUUUGGUCAACAAGGUCAAGCCUCUCAUCGAAGAGGGUGGUCGCAUCUUGCAAGAGUGCAACGGCUCUCUGCGCGGCCUCGACCCCGACGGUCGCAUCGCUGCUCAAGCCAAGGGCCGUGCCGGCACCAAGGAGGCCACUCCCGAGGAGUACCGCCUGGCCGACACUCUCAAGGAGUUGACAACCACCGUCGUCACCACCAUCGACAACGCAAAGAAGCGCAUCAGCGACAUGCCUCACGCCAAGAAGAAGUUGAACCCUCUCUGGGGUCUGAUGACACAGCCCCUCUUCCAGAUUCUUGCUGCCGUCGGUCUUUUGCUGACCGGUGUCUUGGGUCUGGUUGGUCAGCUGCUCAACGGCCUUGGAUUGGGUGGACUUGUCAAUGGUCUGCUCGGUGGCCUCGGUAUCGACAAAUUGCUUGGUGGUCUUGGUCUCGGUAGCGUUGCCAACUCUCUCGGCCUGGGCAAGAAGGGCAAGAAGGAGGGCGGUGGUGGCGCCAGCAGUCUGCCCAUCGUUGGCGGUCUGUUCGGCAAGAAGUAA